AUGGCCAUGACGAUGAACGCGCCCUCGAGGUGGACCGGCAAGAGGCGGAAGGUAUUCAAGUCUGUCUUUGACACGGAAAUCUCGCAACCCACCCCGUACUCAACACCUUCCAAGAGGUUCACAGCACAAGGCGACUCGUUCGGAGGUCCACAGUCUCCAUCACAGCCACCACAACUUCAGUCGCCUUCGCGCCCGCAAUUCCCCGGUAGUAGCAAGCCGUUGGAUCUCCAGAGCUCACCUACGUCAACGCGUUCCGCCGCUCCCGCUGCGUCUCAGUCCAGCGAUCAAGUUCGCUGGGAUAGAGCAUGGCAUGUUGUGACGACGCGUAUCCAACUACCUCCUUCUGUCGCCGCGGAAGACUCUUUCGGCACCCUGGCAACCGAAUCACAGGACCACGAUGCGGAGUUCUACGAUUCUCUGAGCCUCGUACUGCAUCCCGAGAGGCACCUCCAACAGGCCACCCACACCGAAGACAUUCUAUCCUGGCACACCCAGCAGGUUCGCCACCACUUUGCCCACCACGUUCUGCCCCUGCUCUCUGCAUGCAAUAGCUACAAUGACCAGGGCCAGGUGCUCCUAGGGAGCAUCCAUACUCUGGAAGCAGCCCACCGCCAGUACCUCUACGGGCUGUCACUCAUCGUGCGGGGCCUCGACAGCAAGAAUGCAGACAUCGCAUUCGACAAGUUUCGGCGUGACUUGCACGCAGUUAUCGGCAACUCCAUGUCGCAGGCGCUUACAGAAUCUCUUCGGGCUGUUCUGGGCCGCUUAAUGAGAGUGGUCCUGGGCAUGCAGGCUCGGUCCUCCUCUAGGCGAUCUUGGGAGACAGGCCUGCAAGGGGAAGGCCAGGCAGCAACAGCGGCAGCGGCAGCGCGGCAGGAGCUCCUGCAGAUGGCAGAGGCGCUACACAAGGUUGGCCUCGCCGGAGAGAAGUUCCAAGUCCUAUUCGCCGAGCUCAUGGACGCCAUGAUGGAUGAGUAUGUCAAGACAUCCUUCGCUGGGGUCUGGACGCAGUCACAAACAGACAGCGGGAGAGAUGCGCCGCGGGCUUCGCUGUCGUCCCGCGCGGCGAAGCUCGGCAUCCCUUCACGCUGCAUCGCCGCACUCAGUGAUUGGAUAGAGAAUCACUACUCGCGUUUGGCCGUCGAGGUGUUUUCACGCCUGGGGAGCGUGGAGAUCGCCUGGGGCGAUGUCGAAAAGUGGAAGGAGAUUGCAACCGGGAGAUUGGCAGUCAUGCGCAUCCAUGAGCUUUUCGACAUAGUGUUGCAAUGGCCUGCGAGCAGAGGAGCUUUGGACGACCUGCGGAUGGCCAUCACAACUCCGCAAAGGAGGUUGCAACUAACGGACACAUUUUCGGCGGCGUUGCAGAAACGUCUGCUGCAUCCCGGACGGUCAACGUUGGAUAUACUUCGAGUGUACAUUUCAAUGAUCCGGACGUUCCAUGCUCUGGAUCAUUCUAAGGUGCUGUUGGAUCGAGUGGUCCAUUCCCUGCAGCUGUACCUCUGCCAGAGAGAUGAUGCUAUUUCCAUCGUCGUCACUGGCCUGCUGUCCAAUCCGGAUGACAUCAACACCGAGGCCGGCAAGACCAAGCUUGUCGAGCUGGCUGUCCUCCUGAUCGAUCCCUCUCAACAGCGGCGUCCGGCAACGGAUGACGAGGAGCUGGACUGGGACGACAUGGAGUGGAUCCCCGAUCCGGUCGACGCUGGAGUCAACUACAAGCGUCCGAAAUCCGAAGAUGUCAUUGGUACGCUCAUCAACGCCCUGGGCUCGCAGGACAUCUUCAUCAAGGAGUUCCAGAGCAUCGUCGCAGACAGGCUGUUGUCGACCCAGGAGGAAUUCCCUCAGGAGAUCAGGGUCCUCAACCUGCUCAAGAAACGAUUCGGCGAGAACGCGUUACAAAACUGCGAUGUCAUGAUCAAGGAUAUUCAAGACUCGCGCAGAGUCGACGCUGCCAUCUCCAAGACCAUCAGGACGGGCCACAUCGGCGGACCUCCUCGCAGGUCCAAAGAUCUCCCCUCCUACCACACAAAGAUUCUGUCCAGACUUUUCUGGCCCAGCCUCGACAGAGAGCACUUCAUCCUCCCACGGCCGGUCGUCGAGAUCCAAGGCCGCUACGACGAAGAAUUCGAGCACCUCAAGUCUUCCCGCAAGCUCACGUGGCUCAACAACCUCGGUAUUGCCACGGUCAACCUGGAGCUGGAAGACCGCACCGUCGAAAAGGAAUGCAAGACGUACGAAGCCGUCGUCAUCUACGCAUUCCAAGAAGACGAGUCCCACCCAGAAGGCGCUCCCGUCAGACGCACCGUCGAGCAGCUCGAGGAGAUGCUCCAGAUGGACGACGACCUCAUCCGCUCCGCGAUCCACUUCUGGGUCUCCCAGAGCGUCCUCCGCGAGGCCGAGCCGGGCGUCUUCGUCGUCCUCGAGAAGCUGGAAGACACGGCCGCGGCGGCCGCCGGACCCUCGGAGGCCGUCCCUCCCCCUCCGCCUCCGGCCCCCACGCCGAAGAAGCCCGCCGCGGUCGACAACAAGGAGAAGGAGAAGCGCCAGGUCUACUGGCAGUUCAUCGUCGGCAUGCUGACCAACUCGAGCCCGGCCAUGCCGCUUUUCCAGAUCGCCAUGAUGAUGAAGAUGCUCAUCGCGGACGGCUUCCCGUGGAGCAACGAGGAGCUGCAGGAGUUUCUGGCCGAGAAGAUCGCCGAGGACGAGUUGGAGCUGGUGGGAGGCAAGUAUAAACUAGUCAAGAAAUGA